AUGAAUUCAUUGACAGUUUUAAAUAAUAUAGAAGAUCGUGUAGUCGAAUCAAUCAAUACCGCUGGUAAAGCAUUGAAUAUUCUCUCGAAAUCAUUAGAUAUAAAACAAACUACACCAUCGAUACAAGAAUUCAAACAGUUAUCCGAUCGUUAUUUUAAUAUCGUUGAGAAAGAUGUAUAUAAAGGUUUAAUGGAAUUUGUAGAUUCAAUGACAGAUGUUGCACCUUUUGAUCACUCUAGCUAUUCAAACAAAUGUGAACUCGAUGUAUCACAUAAUUUCACAGAGAUCAUAUUGUUACAUCUUGAAGAGAUGGAGGAAAUACUAAAAGAAGAUAUCAACUGA